UUCGUAUAUAUAGCCCCUUAAACCCUACUCCUUGGCUUCAUUCUUCUUCCCAUUUCCUCUGCCUCUUUCUCAGAUCACACAAAAACCCUAGUUUCAAGACUUUAUCCAUCAGAAUGUCUUUCUGCAACAAACUCGGUGGUCUAUUGAGACAGAACAUAACUCCCAGCGGAGGAAAUGUUCCGGUUACAUCUAUGCUUGGAUCUCUUCGGUUGAUGUCUACCAAGCUUUUCGUCGGAGGUCUGUCAUGGGGAACUGAUGACCAGUCUUUGAGGGAUGCUUUUGCUCACUUCGGUGAAGUCGUUGAUGCUAAAGUCAUCGUAGAUAGAGAGACGGGAAGAUCGAGGGGUUUUGGAUUUGUCAACUUCAGUGAUGAGAGUGCUGCAUCUGCUGCCAUUUCAGAGAUGGAUGGAAAGGAUCUGAAUGGUCGUAACAUCCGAGUGAACCCUGCUAACGAUAGACCAAGUGCUCCCCGUGCAUAUGGUGGCGGUGGCUACGGAGGUGGUGGCGGUGGCUACGGAGGUGGUGGCGGCGGCUAUGGAGGAGGUGGCAGCAGCUACGGAGGAGGAGGUGGUGAUGGUGGUGUUUACUAAACAGAGGAGUUGCUGCUUGUGAAGACGAAGAGUUAAAAUGUUUCUGUUUAGUUGGUUUCUUCAAUUGAAUCUUUGUGUUAGUAUAAAACCUGAAUGGGAUUUGCUUAAAAAAAAAACUCAUUUUCUGUUUUGGUUGAAUAUUGUAUUGCCCCCAUUAGGUGCAUUUUAAUAUGGCCUUUUCCCCUCGCUUGAGGUUCAGAUUCUUCUACCUACCAUUGCCUAUUCGUA